AUGGGCGAGCACGCCGGCAUACCGCCCUACGCUCGUCAAGUCCUCAGCGCAGCAUCCACGCUCAAAUCAUGGCUUAUCCCGGUCGUCGACCAGCUCUCGCAGAAGCCCGAUCUCGCGACCAUUGCACUACUCCUCGUCAUCGUACUCGUCUCGCUGAAAAUUCUGGACAUGCUUUGGCAGACGAUACUAUUCUGGGUUCGGAUGAUUUGGAAGCUCGUUUUCUGGGGUGGUCUGGUCGCGUUAGCGCUUUGGAUGUACACGAGAGGGCCAGACGGUGUGGCAGCGGACAUACAGUACUGGCAACAGAAUUGGAAUAAGGAGUAUCAGUACUGGAAGGAACAGGAGCGGGUUGCGAAGCUGCUACAUCAGCAGCAGGGACAACGCCGGCCAGGUGGAUGGUACUGA